UGACGUCACACCGCUGGAGGAUAUCCAGACGGGGAGUGCCGCGCUGUGGGCCAGGCCAGUCCUGGCGACCGGGUGGGUUCCGGUUGUAAUUCAAUACUGUUAGUGGAAAGCUACGCACGCGGGGAGGGGGAGGCGGCUGGACAGACUGGGGACUGGGGAGGGGUGACUAGAGUGGAGUACUGUCGGGGGCGUAAACGUCAUGACAUGUGGUGCAGUGCGCUGUGGUGUGUGUGUGGGGGGGGGGGAGGGGGGAGCGAGUGUCUGUAUACCACAUGGUUUGAUCUUAAUAAGCAGCUGCCUCGCUGCACUGUCAUGAGCUCCGACCGCAGAAUGCACUCUCAUAUCCAUGCGGAAUCACGACCGAUCCCGCUUGCCGAGUGCAGAAUGUGACUCACGGUCGGCUAAGGCAGUGCGCUCGCUCCCCUCCGCGACUGACCACCGAGACGGCGGGUUCCGGUGAGGGGCAGGAAGGAGCGGCAGAGACCAGCCGAUAGUGCCGCUGCGGUCCGUCCGCCGGGAGUCAGAGCCGCCGAGCAGUUCGGCCGAGCGGGCGCGGUAGUGCCACGGAAAACCACGCCGCGGCCACGGCCGCAGCGAGCCUAGUGACAGUGACGCGCUCUGAGGUGUUAAGUGACGUGGUCCCGGGUGUAAAGUGGCGUGCUCCAAGGGUGUUUAGUGGCACAAACGUCAGUGUUUGUGCUGUGAGGCCACGGUUGGCGGCUGGCGCUGGGCAAUUUUUGGUAAACUGUGAGGAACGGAUAUCCCCGUGACUCUGCGGUGACUGUGACAUCGUGUUGUCCUGUGACCUGCCGGAAAUUCGACCCUGCCAUCGACCCCGCAUCCUUCCGACACGAGUGGAGGCAACCAACGACUUCCGCCGUCACCGGACUAUAACAAUCAGCACACACUCGCACCAUGGAGGAUGUGGAGGCGCCGGCAGCGCCGGAGAGACGCUUUGAUAGAGCUUACCUGCGCACCUGGUCAGCCUUCUUCAAACUCACCGAAUCGGGUCUGUGCGCUCUCUGCUUCCUCUGCAACGAGCUGUCGUGGCACCCGUUCCUGCCGUACCCGGCCAGGACGUUCCUCUCUGUGUGCGCCUGCCUGGCGCUCAUCAGCUCCGUGCUGCUGCUGCUCACUCUGUGGCUGUCAUGUCGACCAGAACUACAGCAAUACCACCUGGUGGAGGGCCUCGGUGGUGGCAGCCCCGGGUGUAUGCAGUUUCUUCCUGAUGGCUGCUUCCUCGGCACAACUCAGCAUUGGUGGACAGAUUCCCGGCUUCCGCGCAUCAUCGGUGUUUGGGUUUUUGGCGUUCAGUACUUUCCUAGCGGACGCCAUUUACCAGUUUGUUCAGCUGCGUGAGUCGGGAGAGCUUCCCGAGAUCCGUCUGCCUCCAGCCAUCACCAACAGUCUCAGCAAAGUGACCGGCAAAGACAAAGGGCCCGUUCAUAAGGGGGUCCAUGUGGCCGCCUCGGAGCCGAGCCAGGACGACGAUGACCCGCCGCCGAUGUGGGGGGUCCGCUCCGGACGUCAGACGGCCAUCGAUACCGGUAACAGUCGCUGGAGCCAGGGGAGCGACGACAGCGCCCCUGGCGGUGGCUCGUACAACCUACAGUAGUCGGUCCAGACACCAGGGGUACGGCGGCCGGACCAGCGUGGGGGUCGGGCUAUCAAACCAGCGGAGUGGGCGAUUGAGCAGAGAGCACCGUGAUGAAAUGACAGACAAUUGGCUGUGUGCUUUAUACUGUAUCUAUCUGCAACACAUGGUAAAGUGCUCAGUGCUCUGUGGUGUGCUGUGCACCUGAUUGGGCGGAAGGCAUGCGUCAUUCAGGAUUGAAACGCAGCACCGGACUUGAGCUACUAUAUUACCUGACGCUAUUGCAUCCAAAGGCUAUUGUUUCUAUCGCAUUACGUUAAAAUGCAUUCAUAUACAUAUAUCUAAAAUAAAUACAUUCUGUGUCAUAUC